GAGCCAGCCGAGCACCGCGGGCUGGGGCGCAGCCACCCGCUGCUCCUCACGCCCCCUCGCCUCUUUCCCCUCGCGCCCCCCGGCAGUCUCCAGCGUCCGUCCCCAGGCAGCAUGGUGAGGUUUGCUGCCGGGCCCUCGCCACCAUGUACGUGAGCUACCUCCUGGAUAAGGACAUGAGCAUGUACCCCAGCUCCGUGCGCCACUCUGGCGGCCUCAACCUGGCCCCGCAGAACUUCGUCAGUCCCCCGCAGUACCCGGACUACGGCGGCUAUCAUGUGGCGGCUGCGGCGGCCGCAGCCGCGAACUUGGAGAGCGCGCAGUCCCCGGGGCCGUCCUGGCCCGCCGCGUACGGCGCUCCGCUCCGAGAGGACUGGAACGGCUACGCGCCGGGGGGUGCGGCAGCCAACGCCGUGGCGCACGGCCUCAACGGGGGCUCUCCGGCCGCAGCCAUGGGCUACAGCAGCCCCGCCGACUACCACCCGCACCACCACCCGCACCACCACCCGCACCACCCGGCCGCCGCGCCUUCCUGUGCCUCGGGGUUGCUGCAGACGCUGAACCCCGGCCCUCCUGGGCCCGCUGCCACCGCCGCCGCCGAGCAGCUGUCCCCCGGCGGCCAGCGGCGGAACCUGUGCGAGUGGAUGCGGAAGCCCGCGCAGCCGUCCCUCGGAAGCCAAGUGAAAACCAGGACGAAAGACAAAUACCGAGUUGUGUACACGGACCACCAGCGGCUGGAGCUGGAGAAGGAAUUUCACUAUAGUCGCUACAUCACUAUCCGGAGGAAGGCGGAGCUGGCCGCCACGCUGGGGCUCUCCGAGAGGCAGGUUAAAAUUUGGUUUCAGAACCGCAGAGCGAAGGAAAGGAAAAUCAACAAGAAGAAGUUGCAGCAGCAGCAGCAGCAGCAGCAGCAGCAGCAACAGCAGCCGCCGCCGCCUGCGCCACAACCUGCCCAGCCACAGCCAGGUCCUCUGAGAAGUGUCCCGGAGCCCCUGAGUCCUGUGUCUUCCCUGCAAGGCUCAGUGCCUGGCUCUGUCCCGGGGGUUCUGGGACCAACUGGGGGGGUGUUAAACCCCACUGUCACCCAGUGACCUACAGUGGCCUGCAGCAGCAGAGCAAUUCCAGGCUGAGCCAUGAGGAGCAUGGACUCUGCUAGAAUCUUCAGGAGAAACCGCUCCCCUCCCACCCACAAAUGUACACCAACUUACCUAGCUCUCAGAGAAAAAAUGGGGGCCGGGAUAAAGACAAGUGGGGUUGGAGGCCUCAAGGAAGACAUUCUCCCAGAUUUUGACUUUUUCUGGUCUGACUCUUUCUGCCUAUGAGGAGAUGGGAAAUGACCGGGGCUUUGGUACUGGCAGAAGCAUUGCCUAGACUGACUAAACACACCAGGCGUUCAGCCCCCUCCUCUCUAGCUCUUUGCCUCCAAAAUCUGCAGGAUGCAUCUCCGGUUGGAGCUGAGGGGAGAGGGACUCAAGGGAACGCCAGUCCUUGGAGCCAAGAUGGCUACUGCCCACUCACUGCGUCGAAGGACCAGCUGGCUCCUCCUGCCUCAAGGGCAGGCAAGAUUUAAACUGCAGAAGCCAGAGGCAGCUAAGAUAGAAAUCUGGACUGGCCAAGGACUGCAGAACCCCCAGAUCUUUGUCUUUCUUCUCUUCCCUUCCCAGACCAGGAAAGGCUUGGCUGGUGUAUGUGCCCUGUAUGGUGUGAGGGGGGUGGUUAUUGGAUUCCAGGCCUGACAAGGGGGCCCGGGACAGGGCCUUGUUUAGAAAGCCUGUCACCAGUGCUUCUCUGGGCUGAAUGUAUGUCAGUGCUAUAAAUGCCAGAGCCAACCUGGACUUCCUGUCAUUUUCUCAAUCUUGGGGCUGAUGAAGAAGGGGAGUUUUUGUUGUUGUUGUUGCUGCUGUUUGGGUUGUUGGUCUGUGUAACAUCCAAGCCAGCAUUUAAAAAGCCUCUGGAUCCAUGGGGAGAGAAGUGGUAUGGUGAAGGGAAGUGGGGAGUAUUUGAACAUAGCUGAAUUUUUUCUAAAAAGAAAAAAAAGAGACAAAUGAGCUUUCCAGAUUUCAGAUUCUGUAUUUAUUGUCUUCAGAUUUUGUCUGGAAUCAUUUUUUUUAAGAAAUGAACUAUCUUCUCUACUUGCAAGCUAGAAUUAAAAAAAUCAGGGAGGGGACGAAGAAGGUUAUCUAGACAACCUCAUUUUACCCCAGAGCGUCAGAAGCCUGAGGGAGCAGGUUCUGAGACCUUCCCUGCCCCCAAGCCUGAGCCCAGCCUUGGACUGUGGAAUGUGUGGUUCUCCUGGGGGUGCCUUUGGGCAAAAUGCACAUCUGAAUGGUCAGCUGCUUCCCAGCUGCCGGGGGAAUUAUGGGGGGUGAGGGUGAGAGAGCCCCCUCACAGCAUCUCCUCAAAUCCACACUGAGGAGAUUGCAAACUUUCCCUUCAGCAGUGAUUCCCUCCUCCCUAGGGAUGCCCCACAAUCCAGCGAGUUAAACAUAAGCAUUAAGUAAAAAUAUUUUAUUUUCUGUUUUCUCAAGGCCACAGUUCCAUGAACGUAGUCUUCUAUAAAUCGCUGGGCGUUUCCGUGAGCCCUUUCUGCUUCCACCCUUUGCCCUGUCCCUCGCCCUUUCCUUGUCCCAUCCCCUCCCGCCCACCUACCCCCACAGACAAGAAUUCAAGGGCCAGUACAGGGAGAUCCUUUUAGUGAUGGUUGCUUGUUGUCUGGCUGAUCCGCUGGGGACCGGGCUGCUGCCCUUGAGGUUUUUGGUCCUGGAAGCCGCCGAGGUGGACGCUGUCGUCAGGGCUCAAGGAGAGAGGGCUUUGCCCUCCAUUUCCGUCUCCCCACAAGCGCCUUUGAGCCCUAAUCAGCGCCUCAGCAGAGCGAGGAGGUGCCCCGAGGGCUGCGGAGGAUGAGCGAAGCUGCGAGGCACAAACGCCGCCUGCAGCCUCUCCCGGAUUCCGCGGCCUUCCGCGUGGCGCGUCACGCCGGGGCUUGAGACAGGGGCCCUGAUGCUGCGCCCCGGGCGCCCGGCCUCUGCGCUGGAGGGAGAGGGCCCGGCCCGCCUCUCGCGGCCGGAGGCUGCCCCCGAGGGGAAGCCGUGUUGGGUCCGCUGAGGAGCGGGUCCCGAUUCACGACUGCUGUGAUCCCUCUGUCCCCUUUGGGGUGUCCGGGCGCCGGGAGGGGAGCGCGCACCCCGCGCCCGGCCGCGCCCACCGGCCCGCCCCCAGCUGCUGCCGCGGUUGCUAUGCGUUGCUGUGAAACGCCUGUCAAUAAACCCUGUUUGGACAGUGGAGCGAGAGCACAAGGGUUGUUUGCUUAGUGGUUAGAGGUUCAAAAGUCGGCAUUGUCCUGCUGCAAGCGAUUACAAGUCCUUCCCCUUCCCGGGGCUAGGCCCCCUGCACUGCCGCCCGCCGCGGGCCCGCGCGCGCGCGCGCGCAUCGGGGGCGAGGAGGGGCGGUGGGCUUACCUCUGAAAUGCAAGGACACGGACCUGGGCUGCGAGCUGCCGGGCGAUCUCCCAGGCCACGGAAACGACAAGAAAUGAGGGCCCUCGCCGGCAAGUGAGGCCACCGCACUGCCCACGCCAAGACACCACCCCUGGAGCAAGCCUGAGGGGACACGGGGACAUGGCGCGAGUGGGCAGCGCAGCCUGAGGAGGCUUGGGAGGUCGGCGCCGGGACGCCCGGGUUGAUUUUUGACAGGAUGACUUCGGGGCUCCGAGCGGUCCCCUCGCUGGGCGCUUGGUGUGGGUCCCCGGCAAUCACUCGGCCCUUCCGGCGCCCAGUCCUUGGUUCGGCCGCCAGGGGGCGCGCGCGCUCUGGGAAGAGCUGGGGCAAGGGCACGCGCUCCUCGUUACCGCUGGGGCCGACCGGGAAGGGGACAUAGUUCUCACCCAGCUGGAAGGCUGCAAGCUCCAGCCUCUCCCACCCCGGCUGCUCCCAAAAUGGGACAGGGCGAAAUUUCCCCACCAGGACCAUGGGCCUGUUGAGACUAAGUUCAAAGUAAGGCGCAGGAGAUUCUUGGAUCUGUCGAACGUUUAAGAAAAACAAAUUUGGGGGAGGGGAGCUAUCCACCAUUCUAAAAGGGUGUUUUUGCACAAGAUGUUUCUUCUAAACAAUUACAGAACUAUGGUGGCCGGCUCGGUGGCGCAGCGGUCAAGUUCCCACGUUCCGCUUCGGCGGCCCUGCGUUUGCGCGUUCGGAACCUAGGCGCGGCCAUUCUCACCGCUCAUCAAGCCAUGCCAAGGUGGCAUCCCAUAAAGAAGAACUGCAACUCUACAACUAUGAUACACAACUAUGUACUGAGGCUUUGGGGAUAAAAAAAAAAAAGAGGAAGAUUGGCAACAGAUGUUAGUGCAGGGUCAAUCUUCCUCAAAAAAAAAAUUACAGUAAUAUGGGUGCAAUAUUAAUGUAUGGAAAGACUGAGAACUUAGGACAAAUAUGGGGAAAAAAUGUACCAGUAUUGUGGAACUCAUGUCGAAAAAGGUAUAUGUGGAGGAAAAACAGCCUGUUUUUUUUUUCCAUAAGCAAUUCAUGGCUUGAUUAUGCUCAUCCAAUAAAAUUAACAAGAUGGACUGCUAAUGAAAGCAACGAAAGUUUCAACGAGUUUCACUUCUUUCUGAUAAUGUCUAAGAAGAUGCCCUCAUAGUCAAGAAAACUAAUCUUAAGCAGACAUC